AUGAAGCGUGCUGGGCAUCCAUGGAACUUGCAUGAGUACAAUGAGUAUUUUAUGGCUAAACUAUUCAAGGCACAAUAUGCAGACAUCUUGGCCAUGUAUUCUUCUGAAGAGUUCCAAGGUCAACAACUCAGUAUUGGAUCGUUCAAUGUUAUUCUAGCUACCUAUAUUCAACUAGGAAAAACAAAAGAAGCGAUUCAGCUGAUCGAGGAAGCCAACAAAAAGUACAAUGUGAUACCUGACAUUCGAGAUUUUGAUCGCACCAUGAAUCGAUGUAUGCCCAAGAACACACAAUUAAGUCAAGUCGCUAAAGAAUUGAUUGCAGAACAUGCUUUCUCGGUGACCAAAAUACUCGACACUAACCUGCUUCAUUUGUUUCGAGAAAAGCGUAUGCAUGACAUUAAAUGGAUUGUUGAUCAACAAUUGAAGCGCAAAUUAAACAUUACUACUUACAACAUUUUAAUCAAAGGAUAUAGCGAUGUACGCAUGUUGAGAGAUGCAACCCAUAUUUAUGAAGAAAUGCAAAAGCACAGUGUUAGACCCAAUACCUAUAUUUGUGUUAGCAUGCUGGCUAUCUUUGCUCACACAAGGGAUGUUGCUGCUGCUGAACAAGUGGUUCGAGAAACUGUCUUGGGAGGACAUAAACCAGACGAAGGUGUCUAUAACCAACUGAUUAAGGUCUAUUUUAAGGCUCGACAAUCUCAAAAGGCAUUUCAAGCAUUCCAGGAAAUCCAAAAAGAUCCUCAACUCAAAGUAAACGAUGUUAUCUUGAACACAAUGAUUAAUGGUCUUGUUAUCAACAAAGAACUCCAUAUUGCAACUCUACUUUAUAAACAAAUGAUUCAGUCUCAACUCAAGCCAGACAUGGUGACGCUCAAUACUAUGCUUAAGGGAUAUGUGAAAUCAAAUGACAUGGCAUUGGCAGCAGGUAUUAUUUCAGACAUGUUCAAGUUGGGUAUGGAGCCAGACUCAGUUACUCUAACAACAUUGGUGGAUUCUGUCUUCAACACAAAAUCACCCAACACAGCUGAAGAAAUGAUGGGACUUGUGCGACAGAUGGGUAUUCCACCCAAUGUGUAUGCAUACAAUGCAGUCAUCAAUAGUUGGAUUCAAGCUGACAAUAUGCGAGAAGCAGAAAAGACAUUUGAUAUCAUGAAGAAAGAACAGCUGAAGCCUACUAUUCACACAUACACUAACUUAGUACAAGGUUAUAUUGCACAAAUGAACUUGGGCAAGGCAAUGGAGACAUUCCAGAACUUAAUGAAGUCUGGUAUUCGACCAGACAGAGCCACAUUUAACUUUAUGAUUGUUGGAUUCCUGAAUCAUGGCCGCUUAAAUGAUGCAUAUACCUGCCUAGAUCAUAUGCUUCGAAUGAAACUAAGUCCAACAAAAGACACUUGGAAACUACUUUUAGAUGACUGUUGCAAAUCUAAAGAUUGGCAGACAGGUAAAAAAGUGAUUGACAAGCUAGAUCAAAGUGGAUUUGUGAUAAACUUGCCAAACGAAUUGGUGAUAUAUAUAUUUAGAAACUUUCUUGAUUUGGCUGACCUUUGGCGACUCUAUCAAACCAGUUCUCAGUUAAGAUAUUUCGCAUCUACUGUUAUCCAGAGUACUUGGAAGAUAGAGACCAGUAGCAUAAUGAAAGUCCAAUGUAGAACAGCCUUGAUUCAAUUAGAACUAUUGGCCAGAACUAUCUAUUCUACUCGACAUCUAAGGCUUUUAUUAUUACCCAAGAAACAGGAUGAUGUAGAAGAAGACCUAAUGCCCAUCCAAGACAUUUUGAAACAAGAAACGACGUUACACAACAAAAUGAUUCAUGGUAUUGCAUCGUACAAACACAAGUAUGUCUUAAUUGAAGACAUUGAUAUCCGAAAUCGAAUAAGAACUGCAGUCGAUGUCAUAUUCCAUCAUGCUGUCUUUACUGUCCGUGACAACCACCGUGCUAUGGCUGCUAUUAUGAUUCGCUUACUCGUCAAACUGGAUCAAGCAUUCCCUUCAUACUGUAGGGAAAUCACAUAUACACUAGCAGACAACAUUAAAGCAUACUUGGAAUACACAGGCUAUAAACUGUUAGGAUUGCAUGGUCAUACAGACACAUUGGAGAGCUUAUCCGCUUGCUUUAAUUUGAUGGGUGCUGCUUUUGUACACAAAGUGUUAUCAGACAGCCAUAUUGAUUGUGCCGUACAGAGAGCAUGCGAAUUACUGGUAGAUGCCCAAUUCAAGCGUAAAUUACUACAAAGCCUACUGGAAGAUUGGCUGACGAUGAAGCGACAAGUUGGAUCUGGUGAGUUGUGUCACUAUAUUAGAAUGGAAAUUGAAAAAUGCGAUCGGCAGAUACCACAAUUAUAA